GGAAACUAAACAAACUUGGGGCACGGUUCUCAUUGACAGGAACCCUUAUUGAAUAUUCGGUUCUCAAACUGCGUCGCAAAGGUUGCCGUCAUGCCGGCCGGCUGCAAAGUGUUGGACCCGCGGUCUUUCGUGGCGAUAAAGCCCCUUCCCUUCCCUCCUGCCCAAGGGCUGAAGGUGCAGGCGAGAAGUCUGACCGUCUACAGGCCCUGCGAGCCCAGCAGGGAACAGGUUUUCCGCGAGAAUUACCGCCGGAGGCAGAAGCAGCUGCGCCAGCAGGGCUACCGCUCAGUCAUCUGGAAACCGUACGAGGCGAUCGGGCAGCCGCUGCGCCUUGGACACACGGAGUUCAUCCUGCACUCGCUGGGGCAGCUCGAUCAGACCGUGAUUGAUGAGACCAUCAGUAGCAUGGAGGAACGCCCAGAAGAAGCCAAACACUCCAGCGCAACAACUGUGCCAAAGGAGAAUAAGAUGCCUGCUGAAAAUCGUAUACAUCUGAAGCACAGAGACAAAGACCUGAAAACUAUCAGUAAGGAUCUAUUGCACACCAGGCAGUUGGUCAAAACGGCGAAACAAGGGCAAGGUUUCUUCAAGAGACUGAAGAGAGAGGAGAAGGAGAAGGAGACUGCACAACUGAGGGAACAGAGGAAUCUGAUAGAGAAACGCAAAACGGCAUGGCAGCCCCCAAAGUUCUCUUCGGAUGAGGACUCUGAGGAAGAGCAGGAUGUAGAGAAAAGGUUUUUCAAAACCGAACCAGUCCUGUCAGCGCACUUGAAAACAGUUCAGCACCACUCCCAAAAGGCAUCUAGAAAAGGAAAGAAUGUAACUGCCCGACCCUACACUCCGGUACAUUGUAGUUUGAUAUCAACCAGAUUUACAGAAAAAGAUCUGGAACCGCUUCAUCGACAGCUCUGUGCCUUGAACUGGCUAUUGGAGGCUGUGGCUGCGGAACCACCCAGCACGAUAGGCCCUGUUUCAAGCUGUUGGAGUGCCAGGGAUUCUGGUGGAAUGAAAAAUGUAUCCAGGAAAAUCAGUAAAGAUAAAUCGAUAGAAUACAAGUGGGAGCAAUUCAUAUCACAGUCCAAGUUCAAAAGAUCCACUCUCAGGGUUCUGCAAAAGACAACAAUGCGGCCCAGAAGAGCCUCCUUAUCAGUUGCUUCACCUGCCACUGUUUCCUCCUCUGUUAUGACCCCAGUGUUUGACAGUACCGCCUCAGAGGUCACCAUCUCUGAAGAUGUAGGAGCAGGGACUCCGGCAGCUGUGUUGGAGUCCCUUUCUGAGAUUCCGGAUGACGACUCAACAAUAAGCAGCCUUUGCACCCAAAACAAACAGGAGCAAGAAGAGGAGCCAAUAUCUGACUAUCUUCAGAAACUACUUGAUUCUGUACACCAGAGCAUAAACACAGAGCUUCAUGGAGAACAGAAAGAUCCAAGAAACAAUGAGCAAAGUUCAACAGCUGUCAUGAGUAAUGGAAAAAUGAAUCCACGGGCCAGUCACAGCACAGAGCCACCAGCUGAUGUGAAUAAAUUACAGCAGAGACCAAAAAGUUCCCCUUCCAGCCCCAUUUCAAAAAGCAGCCUGUUUUCUGCCAGCAAAUCCUCCCUCCCUCUGGAGAUGCAGUCGAAAUUCAUUGAGAUAACGAAGGAAGCGGCCUUGUGUCUCCAUGACAACCUAGAAGCCUUGGAAAAGAACCGGUGGGACACCAGCAAGCAGAAAUUCUGUGCGCUGGAAAACAUAACCAGCUUCUAUACAUUCAGCAAGGACCUGCAGAGGUCUCUUCAGGAAUCCAGAGGCAAUAAAACAGAAGGGACAACAGAAACCUGGUAUUCCAGUUUAUUGUCCAGAGUUCCCGAGGCAGUACAACGGAAUCAGAAGAUCAGCCGAGCUCUGAGGAGACUGGAGAAGUUCGGAGUACGGCAGAACUUCAGGAUUUGGCCACAGCACUUCCUCAAGGUGCUUCACGGGUUGUGGAAUUGGGAGCUCUGCUCGCCGGACAUCAGCGCAGCAGUUGAGUUCAUGCGAGACAAAGUGAUUCAGAUGCCCAUGGAGGACUAUGACAGCUGGCUGCAGCUGAAAUUGAAAACGCCACAGAGGAUACAGAGUGCUCCACCCAUGAGGUGAAGAUCACAGAAGGAGGAAGUGAUGAGCUGUUAUUACAUGGAAGCUUCUGGAAGUGUUCUGUACCUUUUUCUUCAAUUAUAAAUGAACUGAAAUCACUGUGUAUGAUGUUAAAGAACACAAAUGGGAUUUAAGUAGCUGCUGUUUUGAAGAGUCUCGUAAACUGGCCAGCUGUACUGUAAUGCAAUGCAAAACAGAUGCUCGUUAGCCUUAAUAACAUCUCAUGUAAUUCUGCCCACAUUAUUUAAAUAGUUUUCCAAUAAUAAACCGGGCAUGGAUUAAACU